AUAAUAUUCACUUUGCAGAUAGAGUAGAGACAUCUUCUUCCUGUUCCUUGAUUGCCAUUUUCAUUGCUUUGGUAGAGUAAAAACUUGUGGUAAUGGCGAAAUCACCAGAGACACAGCACCCGGUUAAGGCCUUCGGAUUGGCAGCUAAAGACACAUCUGGUGUCCUCUCUCCAUUUAAAUUCUCCAGAAGGGCCGCGGCUGAUAAAGACGUGGUGUUCAAAGUGUUGUACUGUGGGAUUUGUCACUCCGAUCUUCACUGUGUUAAGAACGAAUGGGGCAUCACCGUCUAUCCUAUCGUCCCCGGGCACGAGCUUGUGGGCAUAGUGACGGAGGUGGGUAGUAAGGUAGAAAAAUUCAAAGUUGGAGAUAAAGUUGGUGUAGGUUGCAUGGUUGAGUCUUGUCGCUCAUGUGAUAACUGUAACAAGAAUUUGGAAAACUACUGUCCUGGAAUGAUACAGACCUACAAUUCCAAGAACCGUGAUGGAACCAUCACAUAUGGAGGUUACUCUAAUUUCAUGGUUUGUGAUGAGCACUUUGUCGUUCGCUGGCCUGAUAACCUACCUCUAGAUUCUGGUGCUCCUCUCUUAUGUGCUGGGAUCACAACUUAUAGUCCCCUGAGAUAUUUUGAACUUGACAAGCCUGGUAUGCACGUGGGUGUAGUUGGACUAGGCGGUCUUGGCCAUGUAGCUGUGAAGUUUGCGAAGGCUUUUGGGGUCAAGGUGACAGUAAUUAGUACAUCGCCAAACAAGAAGAAGGAAGCCAUUGAACAUCUAGGGGCAGACGCGUUUCUGGUCAGCCGUGACCCGGAUGAGAUGCAGGCUGCUAUGGGUACUAUGGAUGGUAUUAUUGAUACUGUUUCUGCAGUGCACCCAAUUUUACCAUUAAUUGGUCUGUUGAAGUCCCAUGGUAAGCUUGUCUUGGUUGGUGUACCUGAGAAACCACUUGAGCUACCAGUCUUUCCUUUGCUUAUGGGGAGGAAGAUUGUGGCUGGAAGUUGCCUUGGAGGGAUGAAGGAGACACAAGAAAUGCUUGAUUUUGCAGCAGAACACAAUAUAACAGCAGAUGUUGAGGUCAUUCCAGUGGACUAUGUGAAUACUGCUAUGGAGCGUCUGCAGAAAGCUGACGUCAGAUAUCGUUUUGUCCUCGACAUUGAGAAAACGCUGAAAGCUGCCUAAUCUGUGUGCCUUUUUGGCUCCUGAAUUUAGGUUCCUUUCUUAAGAAUGUGUUAUUGUUAGUUGAGGGAUGGAUGUCUAGUGUUGUUCAUGUCUCAUUCUAUUAUGGUUUAGAUUUUGUUGGUGCAAAAAUGUGUUCCUUCUGCGUUACAGGAACCAAUGGUCUUGGAUUAGUUUGUCAAUUUCGACUUUUUGUCUCCUUGGGAGGAUAUUAUAUUAAUUCUGGUCUCCUUGUGAGAGAGUGACCUUAUGUCGGUAA